UUUUUGAUUGUUUUUUUCCCCCCGUGUGCGCCUGAACGCAUCACCAAGUUGCAUUCAGGAGCCGUGAGAGGAGUACGGAAUUUACACACAAGUCCUCUUCCCAUUUAAUUUGGCGGUUUCGUGGAAACUCGCUGCAAUUCAACCCCUCACUUUAAUAACUUACUUACUUAGUCGAGUUCCAAGUGUCGUCUUGUUGACUUCCUAUGUUGAUGAUCCAGCUGUCCCUUGUUGAGUCAUCUUAAAGAGCUACGUCACGGGCACCUGUGACCACAUAUAGCAUCUCUUUCAUGACAUGCUAGCUCGUGUUGUGCUGCUAGCCCGACACAGUCCACCUUAAAGCCGACGCGGAGAUCCCGAAGUAAUGAUGUCCACAAAUAAAGAACCCAUUGGGACGAUGACGUCAGCCAAGUGUGGCCCCGUACCUUCCUCGGGUGUCUCCGCCGGGCCCGUCCACCAAGCCAACAUCUCCUCAGUUCUGUCCCCGCAAACGUCCCCCGCCGCCGUGAUGCUGGUGACCAAGGUCUCCAAGGGCGUGGUCGGCACUAACCAUUUGACCAAAGUGCCUCUGGGCCAGGCCGGCACCACUCAGGGCAGGACCAUGGUCAUAACCGUGCCGAAGUCGGCGGGGCCGCCGGUGGCCGUGGCUCCUCGGCCGGUCCAGACUCAGCUCCCCGCCAACCUCCAGAUCCCGCCGGGCAUGGUGCUGAUCCGCAGCGACAGUGGUCAGCUGAUGCUGAUGUCCCAGCAGGCCUUGGUGCGAGCUCAGCAGGGAGUGAGGAGCAGCCAGUCCGCAGGAUCCCUGACCCCGCAGGCGUCCGCAGCAGCUGCCGCCGGUCAGAGCAAGGAGAAGGUGACGGUGAUCCACGUGACGGCGCCGGCGGUCCAGAAGACGGCCCUGGUGAAGGUGAUCAACGUGGCCCACAAACCGGCCGUGGUUCACGCCCGCAGCCUGGUGCCGCCGGUCGCCGUGGAAACCAAGAAGGAGCCUCCGCCGACAUUUAGUCAAGAGACCAUGGAGAGCGUGAAGAAGUGCAAGAACUUCCUGGUGACCCUCAUCAAGCUGGCGUCCAGCGACUCCAAGUCCACCAGCAUGGCCAACAACGUGCGAGGCCUGGUCAGGAGUCUGCUGGAAGGCAAGAUGGAGGCGGAGGAGUUCACGCAAGCGCUCUAUCGGGAGCUCAAGUCCACGCCGCAGCCGUGCUUGGUGCCUUUUCUCAAGAAAAGUCUUCCGGCCGUGCGUCGCCUCACCUCGGACCCCCAGUCAUUCAUCCAGCAGGCCUCCUCCUCCUCCUGCCCCCCUGCUGUGAAGAAGCCCACUAUGAACGCUGCGCCAAGUCCAAGUCCAAGACCAGCCCAGCAGUUUCAGGUCCAGCAGUCCAGUCUGAGACCUGAGCUCACCACGUUGGCCCAGUCCAGAACAUUCCCCUCCAUGAGCAUCAGACCCACCUUCCAGACAGGAAAACAUGUCCCAGGAGCGUUCACGCUGAAGCAGCCUUUUGCAGGAGAUCCACCUGGCACCAGCAGACCUUCAUCCAGGGAGAACUCGGCGUCUUACAAAGAAGACGACGACAUCAACGACGUGGCGUCCAUGGCGGGAGUCAACCUGCGAGAGGAGAACGCUCGGAUCCUGACCAGCGCGGUCGGCGCCGUGGUCCAGUCCUGCCAGGACCAGCUCUUCCUGUCUUCUCCAUCCGUGCUCAGCAGAAUCCUCCACACAGGGCGGGGCCUGGGGGUGACCGAGGUGGGCCCGGAGGUGGUGGCUCUGGUCUCUCAUGCCACCCAGGAGUAUCUCCGUGGGAUCCUGGAGAAGCUCUCUGCCAUGGCAGAACACCGCAAGGCAGGUCUGAAGGAAGACCUGCAGCACGCCAAAGUGAGCGACGUGCGCUGCCAGCUGCGUUUCCUGGAGGAAGUGGAGAGCGUGAAGAAGAAGAGGAAAGAGGAGGAGGAGCGUGAGAGGCUGCUGCGCCUGGCCCGGAGCCGCUCCCACGCCGAGGACCCCCUGCUGCAGCAGCUCAAGCAGCGCGCCAAAGAGUUGCAACAACAGGAAGAAGCUCAGCUGCAGCAGCGCGAGGCCAACCUGGCCGCCCUGGCCGCCAUCGGGCCGCGCAAGAAGCGAGCGUGCAGCCAGACGGAAGGCCAGGUGUCGCUGCCGCCAAGACCGGGCUUGCAGCGCGUGACCCGGGUCAUGCUGCGUGACCUCCUGCUGUGCAUGGAGCAGGACCACUUCCUGCGCCGCUCCCUCACCCUCUACAGAGCCAUGCUCUGAUGCCUCCUGGCUCCUCCCACUAUUACAUUUCUUGCCACACCUUUUUGUAAAUACCUGACUUGUUCUUUUCAUUUGGUUCACAAAAUGGGUUUAAUUGUUUGAGCGCCACAUUAAAAAAUGUCCAC